GCGCAGACCAAGUUUACCGACUGAAUUGGAUGGAAAAGCAAGUGACUCGUCAGUUCGUACAUCACUGGACCAUACCCCUGUACGCCAUAGCGUGCAUCUUUCCCGAAUGGACGAUGACUACUUUGAUUCCUCCGCUGAACCACCACGUGCUCCAAACAUGGGCUCCGGCCACUUGUCGCCGGCGAAAUCCGGCGAGGAGUCCAGUGGAAGUUCACAAUUUGAUACCCCACCCAGCUCCUGGGAAGAUAACCCUGAUGAUCAAACCAUGUGUGAAAAGGAUUCGUUUGUAUCCUACAGCUUUGAGCCUGAAACCUAUGUGGAAUCGCUGGAGCGAAGAGCCUAUGGUAGUGUUAGUGACGACCAUUUUGCUCGACAACUGCGACCUCAAGUCGAUGCUAAUGGUGAUAGCCUAUUCGAGCAGCGAGCAUCCCUAGAUCACUUCAGACCACCUGUUAGUCGACCCUCUCUCAGCCGCUCCAACUCAGACAUUAGCAAACUACGAAACGCCGCCUUGAUCAAUGCCAUGGCUGCCAAUAGUGCCAAUAGCUCUGGUAUUGAAGACGAUAUCGUUCCUCGCCCAUCUCUUGUCCUUGACGACGGCCCUGAAGCAGAAGCUCUCCGACGAUUUCAAGAAAGAGAGGUCAAGAAAGCUUGGUGGGGUGGGUUCGGAGGAAGAAAAUCGAUUGAUAUCGUUGGUCGCAGGUCCACGGACCAUGCAAUGCUGUCAAGUCGGAAAAGUGUCGAUUUCCGGCCCAGCUUGGAUGGAAUUUCAAGUCUUGCCAAGAAGUCAAUGGAUAGCUUGAGCCGACGUAGCAACGAUUAUGCCGCCUUCGAAGGAAGUGAAUGGGAAAUAGAUGUCACUCAAACUUCUACGCGCAAACAAAGAUCCAACUCUUUCCUGUCAAGGUUUUGGAGUUAAAUGCUUUAACCUUUGAUCAAUACCUCUCAUCAUGUUGUACUUUACCCCCCUUUUUCUUUGUUUUUACCCAUGCCCAACCCAUUCAUGCCCCCACUCUUCUCUUUUCAUUGUUCUUUUUCGCCUACCUUCCAUUUUACUUGCUCCCCCAAUCCGUUGACCGGAUACACGACAGCCUUUGUCAACGCAUACAUUGUAUGUAACUGAAAUGCCCACCCCACGUAAAUUAAAUCCUUCCAAGGUUUUG